AUGGCUCCGCCAGAAGGCUCUUCUGCGAUCAUUGCUCCGAGUGCUGGUCCUCAGGGGAGGAAGCCUGCGGAGGUUCGUCCUGAACCUGUCACCCCCAAGACUCUUUUCAAUGGCGCGACAGCUCCGCGUGGUGCCGAUGAGAUCAACGCUUUGUCUGAGCGCACGUCGGCGUUGCGCAUUAAUGACCUGCCAGUCGAAGGCGGGGUCAACGGCGCAGAGGUCAACAAGCCAGUGGCGAACACGUCGGACAAGGGAAACGCAAAGAUCCAGGAUUUGGAGGAUGACGGUGGCUACCUCAGCGAUGACCCGGAUGAGUGUCAAGAUCCGGUGGUACUUAACGAGAUCGCGGCACAAGCGGGGGUCGCCAUCACCCUGCUGGUCCCCUUUGCUUGGAGCAAGGAGAUCCCGUGCAUCAUUGUCACCGUCAACCAUCUGCUGUCACUGUGGGGCAAGCACAUGUCGGGGAACGUUUGCAAGACAACGAGGUGUCAGAAGCUCACGCCAACAUUCCUCUCCAAGCAGCACUUCGGGCGUGCGGUCGCAGCAACGGGCCUCCACGCUUACUUCUGUGUCAUCCUCCCCCCGAGCAGCUGCCUCUUUGAAGAUUACGCGGCGGUGAAGACCCUGUUGGCGGAUCCGGCAAUGGCAUUUACUUCUAGGUGGAGUCUGGGAGGAGUGGGUGUGUGUGCUCAAGAGGAGUGUGGGAAGGCCCAUGGUACCAGCUUCGAGACGGCAGUGGAGCACGUCCAGACGAUUCAUCACGGCACCGGGUUGCUCAAGGCAGGAGCGGCAACGCGUGUGAGCAUGGGGAAGCAGAACGUGGCUCAGGUCUGGAAGGAGUUUGGGCUGUGA